ACUUACUUUACAGUCCCACUGCUCUGAGAGUCAACUCACUAAUAGUCAUACUUUAUAUAUGUAUGUGAGUGGAUGAGUGACAGUGCCAUGGCUGAGAUACCGCCACCUCCACCGCACACGCAGCCGGUGGAAAUAGACCCGGACUUCGAGCCUCUUUCUCGGCCGAGGUCGUGCACCUGGCCGCUGCCCCGGCCGGAGCUCCUGGACCCGGCCGGCUCCAACACGUCCUCCCCGGCCCCGUCGGUGCAGCAGGAGUCCGGGGGAAACCCCGAGUUCAUCCGCAGCCUCGGCUUGCUGGAGGAGGACUAUGAGGAGUACGAGGAGCAGAAGCCGCCGGGGAAGCCCUGCACUGAUUUCCACUGUCGGGACGGAAACUGUGUGCAACUGCAUCACCAGCAUCCCCAGCACCGCCAUCACCUCCAGCAGCAGCAGGUCCCGGGUCCGCAGCAGCAGCCUCCGCCGCCGCCGCCGCAACAGGUGCCUCCUCCUCCCGCGGGAGUCUCACCUGUGGCCGGCUCCGCGCAGAGGAAGAGCGGCCUCAGCUCGUCCCGGAGGAACGCGUGGGGCAACAUGUCGUACGCUGACCUGAUCACCAAGGCCAUAGACAACUCUCCGGAGAAGAGGCUGACCCUGUCCCAGAUCUACGAGUGGAUGGUGAAGAGCGUCCCGUACUUCAAGGAUAAAGGAGACAGCAACAGCUCCGCCGGCUGGAAGAACUCCAUUAGACACAACCUGUCGCUGCACAGCCGGUUCAUGCGCAUACAGAACGAGGGGACAGGAAAAAGCUCCUGGUGGAUGCUGAAUCCAGAGGGAGGAAAAAGUGGAAAGUCACCUCGACGCAGAGCUGCGUCUAUGGACAACAACAGUAAGCUGGCCAAGAGCAGAGGAAGGGCGACAAAGAAAAAGAUGGCUCUACAAGAAGGGGUUGAGGGAGGAGCUGGCAGCCCUAGUUCCCAGUACUCAAACUGGCUGGGGAGCCCAAACUCCCACAGCAACGAGGACUUUGAAACCUGGAGCUCCUUUAGGACGCGCACCAGCUCUGAUGCCAGCACUCUGAGCGGUCACCAUUCGCCCUUUCCCCCUGAGCAGGAUGACCUGGGGGAGUCUGACGGCCACAUGAUUUAUUCUGGAGCAGUGGGGCCCAAGAUGACCUCCACUCUGCCCAGCCUGUCUGAGGUGGCUGGAACUUUGGGCCAACACGACUCAGAGAUCGUCAUGGGGAGUCUGUUGGAUAACCUACAACUGCUGUCUCCUAAAAACCAAACGCUGGGUUCUGACUCCCAACAUUCCUCAAAUGCUGCCAUGCUCCAGAGUAGCCCUUACAGCUCAUCUGGCUUGACCCAGCACUCACAGCAGGACUACCGAAAGUGCAUGUACGGCCCAGUGGGGAUGAACUCCUUCUCGCCUACUCCCAUGCAGACUCUACCAGAGACCAAGCCAGGCUUUGGGGCUUAUGAGAACCAGUAUAUCUGCUCUGCUGGUCUCCUUAAAGAUUUGCUCACAUCAGAUGCAGACGCCAGUAGGGACAUGAUGGCCUCUAGGGAUACACUGGUGUCUCAGACCGAGAUGGGAGGCUGCCUAAUGGCCACUUACAGCAGCCAGAGCCAUGUGGGCCGUCACAGUGGAGUCAAAAUGAUGAAUCUUCCGCAGAGGCACCCGGUUCCUUGUGCAAAUCCACAGGCUAUACAUAACCAGGGACCUUCAACCUCACGAGACUUGAAUAGCUGUAACAUGAUCCCACUGACUACCCUGACUAGUCCUUCAGGGGGCCCUCCUCAAAUGACAAACCUGAGGACAUGCAUGCAGAUGCCCCGGGGCCACCCGGCACACGCCCACAAUGUCUCAGUGAACUAUAGCAGAAGCAACGGCUACAGGGAACUUAACUUGGGUCACCCACACGGUCAUCAUCAGGAGCGGCUUCCCAGUGACCUGGACAACAUGUCCAUCGAGAGAUUCGAAUGUGACAUGGAGUCCGUCCUCCAUGACACGCUCAUGGACGGCGGUGCGUUGGACUUUAACUUUGACCCUGCAGCUGGGCAUCAUGGGUUUCCCCAAAGAGUGAAGACCACCACACACAGCUGGGUGUCAGGCUAGGAUACACGAUGGCUCACCAAAAGGGGAAACUGACAAUGAGUUUGGCAGUUAUCUCAGCAUCAUGCUCACAACCAUACAGAGACUGGAACAUGUAAAUCCAAAAGAAGCUGCAUCCAUCUCUCUCCACAGAGCAUCUAACACAGUUCUUUUACAAACGUUUGCAGUUGUAGCUCCAUGUAUAACAGUGGAUGUUAUUACUUCUCACUAGAGAUGAUAAUUCAUCAUUCAGACAUAGAAUUAAAACAUAAUUGUUGUCAUUCAUAACAGCACUGAACAUCUCAAGAAAAAAACUGAAUGACAGACCAGCCUUAUUUUGCAAACUAGUCUUGUUUACAUGCCUGUGAAUAACUGGAAAUAUGUAAUAUUUGUUUAUUUUUUAUUUGUGAUUGGUUGAAAUGUGCUGGAAAAAAAACGUAGAUGCAUUUGUCAAUAUAUAUGAUUUUGGGCUAGUCUGGUACCAUUUCAUGAAAGGGGCCAGUACUGGAUGCCAGCUUGAAAUUCAUUGUUUUGAAGAUGGCACUGAAAUCGUGUUAUUAAUGUUGAAUUGAAUUGAAUAUCCACAAAUCUGCCAAACCAUGAUGUUCUCCAUGGUCUGAUCAGUGGAAAGAUUUUCAGAUAAAGGUAGCAUCCAGCCCUCACUGGCAAAUGACUACUCAGAUGUUAACCCUAGUGAGAUAAUUUGGCUUAAAUGUUAGAUAAACCAGUGUAUCAUCUGCAUAGAGAUUCACAUCAACAUUAUUUAAAUCAUAAUUUUAUAAUAAACACUGUGACAAAAGGAUAAAUUCAAGAGGAGAUAUCUAACCAACACCUCA